AAUCGCAUUCGUGCUGCGCGCUAUCGCAAAUUAUAACUCUACACUUUUCGACACGCAAAAUCGAAUAAAUCAAAGUGAAUUCUGUACACUAGCUGUUGCUGGGUUGGUUGGAAUGAGAAUCUUCAGGGAAAAUUCACCCACUAUUUAUUCUUCACUGUAGACUAGUUGUAUUAAAUUGUCAUGUAGAAUGUCAUUGUUGUCAUGUAAACAGUUUGAGAAGCGCUGGAGCGCGGGCGUGACAUCCUGUCACGCCCUAUAAAAGCUGGCGUUCAGGACGAUCGCAGCAUUCAGGCAACAGGUGGUGCUCCCGAAGCAGGAACCAUGCAGUCCACAACGCGGUACGCCCUGUCAAUAAUCCUGUUGUCAUCAGUCGUCUCGAGCUCAUACCACAGCAGCGCCAAACUGCGUCGUGACGGAGUUCUGAACCUUUACCCGUUUCCGAGGGUGGGCCGCGCCGGCAGCCGCACUUGGCAGAUUAACGAUCCUACAGCAAACAAACGACAGCUCUACGCUUUUCCACGCGUCGGUCGAAGCGAACAAAGUCAUCCAGACUACCAAAUGUCACCGCAACUUGAAGAAUUGCUCUUCGGAAGACGGAACCCUUUUGUGAAGAGACAGACCUUUGAGCAGAUGGAGGGCAAGGAUACUUCGGGAAUGUGGUUUGGGCCGAGACUGGGCAGAUCUUUUAGGAGUGAAGAUGAUGAUACUUCUGAAGCUGACGUCGUUAAGAGUGAACCGGAGCAAUUGGAAAACACGAAUAUGGAUCGCGAAAAACGACAAACGAAACACACGUAAUUAGAUACAACGUCACCCCCUUUCCCUUCCAUCCGACUGAAAAACUACCUUCCAUGUUCACAGCUUUAUAUGUACCUACUUACGUACCUACCCAUCUAUGACGUAUCUGCUCUAUGCCUUUCAAUUUUGACUCAAAAAUUACAAUAACUUAAUUAAAUUUUUAUCUAUUGCGUAGUAACCAUAUUAAAUUAUCUUUAUGAACCUACCAAUGUUCAAUUCAUAUUUAAAUAUGCAUAAAGAUUUUACAGCGACCCUUUGACAUAAAUACCUAUUUAUCUAAUUAAGUCUGUUCUUACACAUACAGCGGAAUUUACAUUAAAAAAUUAGUGGCACGUAAUUAGUUUCACGACAAUCAAUUGCACGUGUAAACUGUAAACGUGCAAUUGAUAAUGAAAAUGUAAAUUCCGCUUAAAAGUUACACGUAAUUUAUGUUCAACAGUUACACUCGCCCUAACUAUAAAAAUUCGAAUAAAAGUCAAUUUUGUA